UGCACCUCAUUGGACAGCGCGCGCGGCUCGAGCACGAGCACGAGCGCCGAGGAGAACCCGCUGAACUGUUCUACUGAAGGUUCGUUUGUGGAUCGCGCUGUUUGAGAAGAAGCAAAGAUUUCCCCGAAAAUGAAGAUCGCUUUACAGAGGAGAACGCUUCGUUCAUUUCCCAAUGCAUUUUUCUCCAGAAGAUGGACUUUAUAUAACGGAUUAAAGAAAAUCGGACAUUAUUAAUUUAUUUUUAUUUAACAACAGAAACACGGUGGGAUUUUUGUUCAAGUUCUUGCAGGUGGGAUGAAGUUUUGGACUUGAUUAAUAUCACAAAUGCUGUGUUUUUCUUGAGAUUCAUAACUUCACUCUCAUUGUGGAGAUGUUAUCACUGCACCACUGCAACUUCUCGGGGCCCAGUGCCAUAUCGCCCCUCUUCAAUCAGACCCAGGCUGUGGUGGAAGUAGCAGCCGUCAGUCAUAAGGACAACCUUACUACCAGCGCGACCCAUAACCCUGUGGUUGCUGGCCUUUCCAUGACUCUGGGUGUCCUGUCCAACAUCAUAGCACUUUUCAUCUUGGCCAAGGCAUAUGCACGACUGCGUAGACGUUCAAAGGCCACCUUCCUUCUCUUUGCCAGCUCGUUGGUGGCCACAGACUUGGCUGGUCAUAUCAUCCCUGGUGCUGUUGUGUUACGCUUUUACUCGAACGGUGUGGGGCCGAGUCCUCCUACCCAUACUGAUGCCACUUGCCAGUUCCUAGGUGGCAGUAUGGUUUUUUUUGGCUUGUGUCCACUUUUUCUGGGCAGCGCAAUGGCAGCUGAGCGUUGCCUGGGUGUCACACAGCCCCUUCUACAUGCUCGUCUUGUCUCAGGGACUCGCACCAAGCUGACCUUGGUGCUAAUUUGGCUGGCAGCACUUGCCGUGGCCUUGCUGCCUGCUUUCAGUUUGGGAGAAUAUAUCUAUCAGCACCCAAGGACCUGGUGUUUUAUGAAAGUAUUAGGGGGAAUUACAAACACAGAUGUGGCCUUCAUGCUGUUAUUCUCAGCACUUGGAUUGGGCUCACUAGCCAUGUCCUUGGUGUGCAACACGAUUAGCGGCAUCACCCUGGUGCGUGCACGGCUGCGCAGAAGGAAUUGCCACCGCAGGACAGCAAAAUCGCAUGAUAUAGAGAUGGUGGCGCAGCUCCUGGGAAUCAUGAUCACGUCCUGCAUUUGUUGGAGCCCCCUGCUGAUCUUCGUCUUGAUGUCAGUCACAAAUCGCCACAAUGGUUCCCUGGAGGAAGACAUGUACUUUAAGAACCUGAUGGUAAUGGGUGUACGCCUUGCCUCAUGUAACCAGAUCCUGGACCCAUGGGUGUACAUCCUGCUGCGGCGAGCUGUCCUCAGAAAGAUCUAUCAGCUUACCACGGGCCGUAAUGAUACGAGAGGCAGUAUUUUCCGCCGCUGGGAGAUCAGCUCUUUACAGAGCUCUGAGAAAAACACCAUCAAACGGAUCUAACAGAGAGGAUGACAAAAGAUGGUCAAUAUGAUAGACAGCAUCUGAAUUGUAUUCAUGUGCUGUACAGUGUCUGUGCCGUGUGCAUCUGCCAAAGCAGAUGAAGUGAGAAUAUACAGAAUCUGAGGUGUCACUGAAAAGUUUUGGUCCUGAGUUCAAAUUACAGGACUGCCACUGAGACACACACUACAUUUGCAACAGCAAAAUCUUUAUGGAUAAAUAAAAAUGUUUAUCCAGAAUUCUGCCAAAGGUUUAGUCUCACAUUUGUUUUUUAUAAUGACUUUUCAGUCCCUUGACUAUAGAGGCCAAUGUUGGUCUCAACAAAUGUGAAAAUUUGCAUUUUAUGGACAUGGAGUCGUAUGCUUCCCAAAAUGUCCCUAACAUGCAAAAGAGGACACGUUAAGGGACUGUGACUAGUUAUUAUUAUCAUAACGGUGUAAGUACAGUUAUGAAAAUAUAAAAUGAAUAUCAUACUUAAUAUAAAGUUUAUAUAAAGCUAAUAAAGUUAAUAUCAGACAUGCUUAAUAAAAUUCUUGAAAGAAUGAAUGACCUUGACUAGAUCUGAUCCAUAUAAAGAACAUUUCAAUUGAAACACUUAUAUUCAUUCAAAGAUGUCUGCAGUUUUACCAAAUAUUUCCAUUCACAUGGAUAUCUGGAAGCUUAACAGAAGUUGACACUAAAUUGGAAGAUGCUUGUCUUUUUUCAAGGUCUAAAUAUUGUAAAUAUACUUUUAGUGACAAAGUAAUGGCCGAGCUUUUACUUGAAGUGUAUUCACAGUGAGAUGUUUAUAUGUCUGUAUUUAUUGCUUGUUUUGUUUCCCUAAUUAUGUGACCUGAAAAAUUAUCUAUAAAAUGUAUUGAAUGUAAGAAAUGUGUUAUGUUCUUUGGUUUUUUUGUUUGUUUUUUUUUGUUUCCCACGAGUGUCAAAUGUUUCACACAAACAAACAUCAGGAAAUCCUUUCAGGCCAUAAAUUAAAUGGAAGAUAUGUUGAGGAUAGUUACAUACAGCAAUUGUGCAGUCAUUCAGUGUGGUCUGAACUAGUAGUAUGAAGUAAACAAAUUUUAAACAAAUGUCAAAUCUCAAAUAUAUACAUUUCUUGCCUCCAGAAAGUAAAAAAAGGAAGAAUUUGUGUUGCUUUUAAAAGCAAACAGAAUUGAUAGUAUAGGUUCUAAAAAUCAUAUCUUAAAUCUGAUGAAACAUGCUUUCAACUCGGGUAACCAACUGCAUGCAGUUUAUUUUGGUUUGCAGCUAGAUUGUUUGUGUGUGAACACAUAUGCACAGCACUGUGUGAUUGACUGGCAUCUGAAGUAAAUUUAUUCUGUUUCCCAGUGUUACUGGAAUUUGCUCUGAAUCAACUCAACCCAGACCUGAAUAAAGCAAUUACAGGAUGA